GCUCACUCAUUGUGAUUCGGGCUGUCGCCGUCGUCGCAACAAGCCGUGCUAGCACACUGUGACCGCGAUCAGCUGUGCACGACACGACGCGACGUUACAUACUCGAGCCCUAGAUAAGCCGCUGCGCGGUGAUAUGGAGCUAUUGUGUGCGGAGCGCGUGAGCCCGGGCUCCUCCGGGAGCUCGAGCAGGCCGGAGGUGGAGCGGCCCGGGCCUGCCGCCGCCCGGGACCCGGUGCUGAUGAGGCGCCGAGUUCUGGACAACCUGCUGAGGACUGAAGAGCGCUAUGCCGUCACCGCCAACUACUUCAACACCGUGCAGACAGAAGUCACGCCGCACAUGCGCCGCGUGGUCGCGGAGUGGAUGCUAGAGGUUUGCGAAGACCAAGGCAGUCAAGAAGAAGUGUUUCCACUGGCGAUAUCGUACUUCGACAGGUUCUUGAGUAUAUGUACCGUUGGCAAGAGCCAGUUGCAACUCCUGGGAACGGCCUGUUUACUGCUGGCUUCCAAACUAAGAGAACCGGGAUCCCGAGGACUUCCUGCAGAACUCCUGGUUUUCUACACAGCCAACAGCAUCACACUCACAGAUCUAUGUAGUUGGGAGCUGUUCGUGCUAUCGAAGUUAAAAUGGGACGUCGCCGGAGUGACAGCACAUGACUUCCUGCCUCUACUGCUCUCUCGGCUGCCCCUGCGAGGAAGAUGCAACACAGAAAUGGUGCAGAGGCACGCCCAGACAUUCAUAGCAUUGGCUGCAAGAGAUUAUGAGUUCACGCUGUACUCCGCAAGUACUCUGGCCUCGUGCAGUAUUGCUGCUGCCCUUCGAGGGUUGGGCCUGGACGGACAUCUGCAACGUCUACAUGAACUAACUGGCAUUGAUUUGGAAUGCCUGCAGACGUGCUUGGAGCAAAUCGAAGAGAUGGUCCAGCGUCUGAUAGAAGAGCGUGUGAUCACGGACCCAAACGGACAGAACCGGGAGGCGACCGGGUGGACCCCUCCUCCCACGCAGGACAAAGCUCACAAUAACGCCGCCACCCCGACCGACGUGAGGGACGUACACUUCUAACCCAUCACUAGACCGUCCCAGUGAAGUUCAUACUAUUACGGUGUCUUAGUACGAGAAUACUAUAAACUAAAACUAUCCGACGGAGCUGCCGUCACGAAGGACUGAUAGCAAGACUGACAAACGCAUGUGUCUAACAUAGGUACCUACUAAUGAAGUAAUUAGUUAAGAUAAUUUUGUAGAACUACUUGUACACUUCCUCGUGUCUAACAUUUCUUACAAUAGGACACGGGAAUAUAUAUUUAACUAGAGCCGGCAUGCUCUUAGUUGAUGGUGUCUUGAAAUUACAAUCUACCUCUUAAUUUAUAGGAAGCAUUUUUCUUAAUCACCUGAUAUAUAAAAAUCAAAGUUAUCUAUCUUUUUUUAUUUAAUAUUAAGUGUAAGUGAUAGCAUUAGGGGACCAAAGUUCUGUAUUAUUGACAAUUGACAUUUGACAGCUGUCAUUUGCGCUGACCACGGAGCAUUGUUUCGUUAAGCUAUGAGACAGUGAAUGUUAUGUCAGAAUAUUUGUACACUAUAGUGAAAAAUAUGAUAUAGGUACUCGCUUAAGUGACGAUAUUCAUAGUAAGCUUAAUUCAUCAUCAGAUUUUCGGGGGAAGGCAAUAAGUUACGCUUUUGUAUGUAUUAAUACAUAGUUAGGUCCAACAAAUUUAGCUCGCUUCAAUCGCACACAGGCAUUUGCGCAUCGCUUUUAAUUUUUUUUUGCAAAUUACAAAUAUUUUAAUCAGUACGACUUUAUAUAAAAAAAAGUAUCUACACGUCAUGAUAAUAACACACAGGGAGGUCUUUCCCAACCUAUCCUGGACCUUUACUGUUAUGUAAUCCAAAAUAGACCAAUUUAGAAUUGUAAAUUCGCAUAGAUAGUUCAAUUUUAUGACAUUAUUCUACUUUUAAAAUGCAUUGCUAAGCCCCAACUCUAGAGCGUUAGUAAUUGCAAGCAGAUUAAGAAAACUAAUUAAGUCUGAUUAACAUGUUUGUAAUAUUUUCUAUAGUCUAUUGUCGACUGCAUUUGGCUAAAGGAACCAAUCUAUAAAGUGUUAUAUCUAGUUUCUAUAAUUCUCUGUGAACUAGAUCCAUUGAGAUUGAAGUAUAUAUUUGAAUCAAACGACAAAUAAUAUAAAAAUAUCAUAAAAAUACUAUGUUCCUGUAAGAUUGUACCAUCAAGAACAGCUUUAGUGUUUAAGUGUCUAACAUUUAAUGUGAUAGCAUAAGAAAACUGACUUAAUUCGGUUUCAUAGUCACUUCCAGUCAUAAUAUGUUAACUAAGAGAAGAAGAACUAUGUUAUAGUUAUCGUAAGUAAUCUUGAUAUAAGUAAAAUCUGAGAAAAUGUGAUUUAUAUUCAAUUAAUGUACUAAUUUAGAUAAUAAUAAAAUUCAUACAAUUGUUCCUAUAUUCGAUUUGACGACGACCAUUGGAGUUAAGCAAGCAAUAGUCUAGAGUUAAUUUUGUACUUAAUGCUUCAACAAUAUUGAAUAUAUUGAAUAAAAUGUGAUAUAUUUCCACAGAUAUUAUUAUGUAGUUUUUAUAUGCUUAUGCUGUAAGUACGGGUGGCGUAGAUUGUAAGCUUAAACUGUUAAUAUUUAAGAUGUCUCUUUAAUUAUGCUAAGCCCUUGUGCAUUUAGGAGAAAUGCUUCAGUAGUCCUACGUCUUCCAUAUUAUAAUUGUAAGAACGUCAGAUAUAGCUCUCGAGAGCUCGGGUUUGGGCCCGUUCACUGCUGUAAUUGCAAUUUUAGUUACUUUCCAUUACAUUCAUGAACGCAGUGCUUAUCCGCUAAUAUCUGAUGUUCGUGUUUUCAGAGUGUAAAUAUAAAAGUUAUUUAAUUGUAAAUAUAAAUUAUGUUUUGCUGUAAGCAUGUGGUGCCAUAAGUAUACAACUAUAAAAGUAUUUUGUUAUAUGUAUAUCGUAAUAUUGACAUAUUAUAUGAGAAUAAGCAACAGUGUAUUGUAUGUAUUCUAUAUACAGAUAUAUAUUUACUAAUAUAGAACCGCUAUAGAGCUUCCUUUUAUGACAAGUCAGAGGGAUGUAUAUAAGCAUUGUAAUUAUAAAUAAUUUGCGAGAAGACUAUUUUUAUUUGUUUGUAGAUAAAACUAUGUGGGAAAGAAUACGCGUUACGAUUAUAGAUAUAUUUAAUGCUUCUGCCUUCGGACUGGCUUUUGAACAUAGAGUAAUUAAGGUUCGUAAUAUAGAUUCUAUGAAAUAUUGUGUUAAGAUAUGUUAAGAUUAUAUAAUAUAGGUUUAUUUAAGAGCACGGUGCUCUUUACAGAAGUGAUCUUAUUUUUUAUCGCACAGUUUGUGUAAGUAAUUACAUAUUAUUAUGAUUAUAAACGAGUGGGUGUCUUAUUUUGAUGUGAUUAUUAUGUUUAAGUUACUUUGUAUUGACAAUCGUUGACUUUGAAGUGUAGAUAUUUGAAACAUUGCAAUAAAAUGUUUAAAAAUAA